AUGGCGUCGCCCCCUGCGUCGCCGUCGCCCUCCUCCGCGUCCACACCCACGCUGGUCCCUCUCGACCCCGUCACAGACCUCCCGCGCGCGCGUCAGAUCGUGAGCAUCAAUGACGAAGGCACGAACUUCACGCUGGACGACCAGGCGCUGCAGCAGAUUUUCCUCCAGGUCCCGGAAGACAUGAAAGUCGCGAUUAUAUCCGUCGUGGGCGCGUUCCGCACGGGCAAGAGUUUCAUCCUGGAUUUGUUCCUGCGCUACCUGCGACACGCGCACUCGCAGCCCGUGCUGCCGACCGAAGACGUCGCCUCGCCCACGUGGAAGUCGUGGACGCUCGAAGGCGUCAGCGGCAGGCGGGAAGUGACGCUCGAAGGCAAUUCCAACGUGGACCAGAGCGGCAGUGAGAAGGGCUUUUCCUGGCGCGCCGGGCGGAAACGCAACACGACGGGCAUUUGGAUGUGGGACACGCCAUUCCGCCGCACGAGUGAAAGCGGCGAAGACAUUGCCGUGUUUCUGAUUGAUACGCAAGGCAUGUUUGACUCGGAGACGUCGCAGAUGCUGACGGCCAGCAUCUUUGGCUUGAGCACGUUGCUGAGUUCGUACCAGAUUUACAACGUCGACAAGCGCGUGCAAGAAGAUAAUUUGCAGCAUCUGGCGCUGUUUACCGAGUAUGGACGGAUGGCGUUGUUUGGAGAUUCCAAGUCGAAUGAAGAGCGCCAGGCGGUGGAGCGAGCGACGUCGAUGGCUUCGACAAUCGUAUCCGAGUCGCCACGUAGUGUGGACAAGGCGGCGUUCUCAGGGAGUGAACAGGGCGACAACGACGACGACAACGACGAGAAGAAGGAAGAGGAGAAGAAUGACAGGGAAGGGGAACGCGAGAACAAAGAAUGCCAGCGCGCACGUCCAUUUCAACGUCUUGACUUUCUGGUGCGGGACUGGCAGGACUUUUCGCGAAACCAGACGUUGGCCGAGAAGCGGGAAGACAUGAGACAGUACACGACCGAAAUGCUCUCGUCUCGUAAGCAGAAGGACCUGGCCGACACGCGCGAACAGAUCAGCUCGUGCUUUGAAAAAGUAGCGUGCUUCUUAUUGCCUCACCCUGGUCACGCUGUGACAGAGCGUGAGUUUGAUGGGUCAGUGGAGAAGAUUGACGACCGAUUCUUGGAGCUGCUAACCGCUUACCUGGACGACCUUUUUGCUCCAGCAAACCUGGUCCCGAAGAAGAUCCAUGGAAUCACAGUGAACUCGCGCGAGUUGUUGACGUACAUUAAGACAUACGCGGGUCUUUUCCGUGAGGCGUCCAUUUUUCCGGAGGCGAAGACUCUGCUUGAGGCGACUGCUGAAGCAAACAAUGUGAAUCAGCGUAACAAGGCUCUGCUCAUGUACAAACGUGAGAUGGAGAAGAUUGCGGGCUCGAAGUGUCAAUACGUCCCUGUCCAGGAGCUCAAAAAGCACCACACUUCAUGCUUGGAAAAUGCUAUGGCUGUGUUCGAUGAAGGGGCACGCAUGGGUCGCCACAGUGAGAUCAUGCGCUACCGCCAUGAAGUGGAAACUCAGAUUGAAGACGAGUGUCGACGUUUCUUGGAGAUUAAUGCCGAGCGUGAUCCGUACAAGAACCUGGAGUUCUACCUGGUUCCAGGCUGUCUAGCGCUGGCGCUGCUCAUGUUCCGCGUCUCGCAGGACCUCUUUUGCUACGAGCAUAUUGGCUACGACAUUCCACUCUACGACUGCAAGCAAGUUAGCCACACGCUAUCGCACUUGUACUGGGCGCUGAUCGUGUUCAUGCUGCUGAUCAUGAUGUCCACUGGACAAGUGAUGUUUAAACGCGUGAAGACCGUAAUUUCCAUCGUCCGAGCUGCUUUGGAUGCCUCUAAAGAUAACAGCAAGGAGAAGAAGGACUAA